UUUCCUCGAGCCACCAACGCGAUAUCAGGCAAUCUCCUACGUUUUCAUCUUUUUGAAGCAUAUUAUACCUAUUUACGCCAGUCAGCUCCGCAAUCUUGACACCAUGCGUUCGACUACUCUGAUCACCACUGUACUUUCGCUCUUGACGGCGACCAGUGUUGCCUUUCCUGCCGAGCCAGUAGAGGGCUUGACGGCUCGUGCCACAUGCAGCACAAAAGCCGAUUGCUCUGGUGGAAAAGUGUGCAUGGUGGUUGGUUGUCAUGGACAGAUUGUAGGGUCUACUUGUGAAACAGCCAGUUACUGCAACAGCUUCAGUGCACCUACAUGCGGUGCGACUUGCAAGUAG